GCCGGUGGUGAGAGCAGGUGCUGACAAUGAACAGUAAAGGGGUGAUUUUCCUUUUAUCUCUGUGCUCUGUAUGUGUAUCUCUGAAUGGUAAGUCAUUUUGUAAAAUUAGUAGAUAAAUAUAUUUAGAUUACCGUUGUAUAGCUAAGGGUUUCUCACGCGAUCAAUUUUUUACAUUAUUAUAUUUAUUUGAUUUUCCUUUAAGAUUGUGUGCUCGCAUUGUACCGAACUAUCAAAUGAAUUUAUUUAAUGCUAGUGUGGUUAAUAUGAUGAGGAUCUUAUUUUUCCUUAUAUAUAUUCCCUUUUCAAAUACUCUGACUAUGAAUUUUUGAUUUUAAAGCAAUGUGUCGGCAGUUUUUCUUUUAUUGGACACCUUAAAGCAUUUUAUCAGUAACAGCAUCAUACGUUUUGUGUUUUUGUAAAAAGCGAAAGUGAAUAUUUCUUAUAAUUGGGGAGAAGAGUUUCUACUGUCGUGUUCUGAUGAAGGAUCUAAGCUCUGAACUCUUUGUUUUCUUCUCUUACUGUUCAGAUCAGAAUGCCUGUGAGCAGUAUUCAAAGGGCUGUGAAAUGCACAGACUUAGAGCUACAAUUGAUUCCUCUGUACUCCUCCCUUGCGAUCUGAGAAGAAGUAACAUCACCUCGGUGUCAUGGGCCCAAAACUCUGAGGGGGACCUGGUUGUCCUCUCAUCUGAAGGUCGUAUUCAGUUUCCAAACCCCAGACACGGGCGAGUGAAAGCAUUUCCAAAUCAGGGCUCGGAGGGAAACUUCUCCAUCCGUAUCGAUAAGCUGAAAGACUCCGAUCUGGGGUGUUACCUCUGCAAGUGGGAAAAGAAUUGUAUUCAGGUGACUUUGGCUGGUGACGAAGGUAAGCGAGUAUGACUGUAGUUUAUAAACUGUAAGGUGAUGCUCUCUAAAGUCUGAGUAAGAAUCUUGCACAUUCAUGUGUUCUCUUUCACUUUACUAAACACACAAGAGCGGAAAAAAUUGAGCAAGAGUUUCCUGUGAACCACAUAGUUUAACCACAACUUUCUGUGCAGGUACACUUAACUUGACGCUUCUGAUUUACGCCUGUGUUAGUGGGGCUGUUUUCCUCCUGAUAUGUAUUGGCUGUUACUUCUGCGUCAAACACAAAUGUGAGUCUGGCAGUCUUGAAGGAGAGACACUUAAGUUUCAAAAUUUAUUUAAAAUAUAAAAGGAUUGGCGAAUGUAUUAGUAUCUAUUCAGUUUUUUUUUUUUUUUAAUUCAGGUAACUGUCAUAAAACACUCCAGGACAGUACCGAUAACUCUGCAGCUGCUGAGGGUAAGGAAUCAUCUUAAAAUUGAGUAUUUACAUUAGAUAUGGCCCAUGAUUUUGUUAGUUUAUUACUUCUAUAGUCUAGCAAAGACCUUUUAGUUGUUUAAAACUUGAGUUGAGAUUUUUUUGUUUAUGUAGUUUGAAGAAUCCAUGAUCAGUAGUCGUAAGAUACCUUAUAUUAUUUAUCCUCUAAGUCACCUCUUGUCAAAAAAUUAAUCAAGUGUAUUUCUGUGGGGUCUUCACAGUAGUUGCUAGUGCUCCACCUGCAGGACGAGGCAGAGUGCAUGUGCAGCAGAGAGGUAAUCCAUCAAACAGCACAGUCACAUAAAACAUUGUUCAAAUGGUAGAGUGUGGUCUACAUUUCAGUAUGCAUUUGUUGAGAACCACAAAUAAUCUAAUCUUCUGUCUCUACAGGAAUAUACAUUAAUGACCUUGUCUAUGGUGCGUUUGUAAGGCUUUUCUUUUGAUCCUUAGUUCUGUUACAUUGCUUAGCGUCACAAAUGCCUCUGCCAGCAUUUUACUGUCUUUUUCUCAAAAUUAGAAAAUGAUGACCACGACCCAGCCAACCAGCAUGAGAAAAACAGAAAUCAGUGCCCACCAGCAGCAGCUCUGCCUGAUCCUGAAAUGGCUCAGCCCAGCCAAAGCACAAGUGGAAUUCAUCCAAACUCAGACCAGUUUAAGUUUGUGAGGAUGGAAAAUCAGAGCACGAAACGGAGAUUUCAUACAGGUGCUGAAUAUUUCAGAGGAGUCGGUGCAGAACAGGUGACUUUUGUCAUUUUAUGAAGAGGAACCAAAGUAAAAAAAAAUGUUCUCUCUCUUCUCCAGAGCUUUUCAACAGAUUACGACAAGCAAGCUUCAGUCAACGUUAUUAUGGUAACAUUACCUCUUUGACAUAAUACUUUUAGCAUACUUUCAGUGCCAACAUAAAUUUAACUUGAUUAUUUUUAUUCACAGUUAACCAGCGUGAACUCAGCAAUCAACAAGCAGCUCAGGCAGAGCACCCCAAAAGAGGUAUCUGAAUUUCAUCUUCACUCCAUGAUCCGUCAGAAUUAAUUAUUUGCCUUAACUUUGAUUAUUUACUUCUAUUCGUUUAUUUUGCACCAGGUUUGGGGAAGGGAGGAGUCAAAGAGAGUGAGUCCUGACUUACUUCGUCCCCUUGUUUAGACUGAUAUUGUGCAUUGCAUACUGUGCCCUGACUUGCUCUCCUAUCUCUGUUUCCCUGUUAGACUGUGAAUACAAAAACCCAAUUUACAACAGAAGCACAGACCGCCUUAACCAAAUGUAGAGGAUGCUGGCUCAGCUUUAACGGCUUCAACAGUUUUCUGUUUAGUUUCACAAUAAAAUGUUCUUAUCGUUUAUUUGACAGGAACAGAUUGAACUUGAUCCACACACUCUCAUUUGAUUUGAUGACUCUUUCAACUUUUGUCGCUAUAUGUAAAAUGUAAAAUGUAAUGGGUGGUUAAAUAAAGAGAAUGAAUGCAAAUAAAAUCAAAAAGUCAA